AUGAUCGAAUUGCUCGGACUUCAUGAGCAAUCCGAAUUGAUCCCGUUAUUAUUGAGCUGGAUGAAAACGAUCGGCGUCAAACCGAACCAAGAUCUAUUGAUCAGAGCGUAUAACUAUUGGAUCUAUAAAUCUUCUGCUAUCACUCACCGGCUCGCCGGGCUCGACGAAUUUGUUAAGAAUUGGAUCUGUGAAAUCGAAAGCUAUGCCAUCCACAAUGAUGAGGAGGAGAGCGGGGAAGAGGAAGAGGGUGAAGACUUGGUCAAGCACCAGCAGGGCGAUGAUGGUGAUACUGGUACUGACCGCUAUGUGAAUCGGCAUCCCGAGAAGAAUCGAACGAAAAAAUUGCGGAAAAAUAUGACUUGUUCGGCUUUAUUCCGCUCCACUGUUCACAAAUAA